GUACUUCUUGUUUUAAGAUACAUAUCAUGCACUUCGUGCAGUUAACUGCUCAAUCUGUUAGCUGCCUUUUAUAAUGUGAACCUCAUGUGUUUUAGAUAUUUGGUGAUCUGGAUGCUGAAGUCUAAUGAUUUCUCGACUGUUGGGUUUGGUAAUAAUGUGGAAUUGCUGCCUAAAGACGUGUGAAUGCUGUGAAGUAACCAGAUCCUCAGCCGAUGUGGUAGAAUACUGUCCAGAAAAUGAAAGUGACUGGAAUCAAGCGGCUUUAAGAAAGAACUGUUCCUCCCUAUCCCAAGACUGCAGUAGCUCUGCUUUAGUCUAUCACUGCGUACCCAAUCAUUUCCUAAAUGUUACAAUAGAGGUGUGCGCGGUACCUAAAUUCAUCGUUAAUGGACGAUGUACAGAAUACAAUGAAGGAGGAGGCGUUAUCCAGGCGAAUCAGAAUACAGACUGUAGUGUGUUUACAGAAAACACAUGUCCUCUGAGAUACAGAUCAACAGACACAUAUAAAUAUCGUGAUUGCUAUCAACUUGUGGUCAGAUCUACUGGCCCAUCUAAUACAGAAGACAAGAAUCUAAUUACCAGUAGCUUGAAUUAUUCAUUAUCCUCUACCACUGUACCAAUAACGACAAGUGUUAGAUUUGUCAACAACGAAAGGAAUAUACCUUUACCUCUUGUUUUGGGAGUUGUUAUCCCUUUAGUUUUGAUUGCUCUAAUUGUGAUUGCCAUAGUCUUGUGUCUUCGGUGGGGUAUGUGUCGAAAGACAUUUAAGAAACAGAGGACUAGAUCAGAUAUAGAAGAGGCUUCUGAAUUGAAAAGAAGUAAUACAGACGAUGUUUGAACAAUUUAACAAACAUUGAUUACAAGUAACUGAGAUUUUGUUUACUGUUUUUUGACAUUUGUGCUAGUUUUAUCUGUUGUACCAAAUAGUACACAUAAAUGUUAUUAUAAUUUGAAAUUUGCAUAAAAAUAUAAAUGACU